AUUAUUAAUCUUCAAAACUCGAGUUUGCGGAUUAACUUCCGAAAAUUUAUUGCAUUUGACAUAAAGGUUACUUCGCCUUUAUGUCAAAUGCGGUUACAAGCGGCCGGCGCGACCGUAAGCAGGCCCAAUGAACUCUUAUGGGAAAAUUUCGUCUAGUAUUUCAGCGCCAUCUAAUAGUUUACCCUCUAUAAUUGUGAACUACGUAUCCGGCCAUGCGGUGCCAUGCGGGAUCAUUUGGGAUCAUUUGGAAUUGUUUGGAAUCAUUGUGCAGUGCGGUUGUGUUGUGUUGUGCAGUGUAACGUGGUGUUUUUAAUUGCCCUGGCAGUUACUGGUGUAUUGAAAUCGACUGAAUCGAAUUGAGCGUUAACGAUUAUUAACGAUUGUUAACGACAUCGAUUUUUGGAUCUUGGAGUACAAAGAUUCUUCAGGGAAUCUUAUUUUGGAGAUACCUAAUAUCUACUUGGAUAACUAAUAGCUGUGGAACCAGAUACAGAAAAAAAUUGGAAAAAUGGUGAAAGCUUGUUGCGUUCCUAACUGCAAGUCAGGUGUUAAAGUUCCUUCGCAUAAAUUUCCCAAAGAUGCAGAAAGAUGCUCAGCAUGGAUAAAAAAUUUGAAAUUGUAUGACUUGCAGAAUUAUUGUGCUAAUGAAUUGCAAAAAUAUAAAGUAUGCCAUAAGCAUUUCUCGGAGAAAGAUUAUAGCUGCUCUCAACGUAACCGAUUUCUGCUGAAAACAGCAGUACCUGCUUUGAUAAUGGAAAAUAAUGAUGUGGACAAUAUUGCAACGGAUAAUAAUGUGCAAUCCGUACCACCACAGAUUGAACAGGCAGAUAUUGAACAGCCGCAAAGUGAACAGCCACAGAUUGAGCAACCACAAAUUGAACAACCACACAUUGGUCAACGUGUAAUAGACAUGGAAAGAACAUUGCAACAGCACAAUGAAUUAUUAGUGCAUCAUGACGGUCUGUUGCAAAAUGAACAAGCAUCGUUAAACCAAAUGUUUGAGAAGAGGAUACAAAAUUUGGAAACACAGUUCGCAAAUACAUCCAAAGGAAGAAGACCAAAUUUACGACAUAUUACACGUGUUGUUCAUCUCAGUCCGAGAGCAAAGUCAUUGCAUAUUAUGAACGUAAAAUUGAGACGUAAAAAUAGAGACUUGAAGCGUCUUGCAAUAAAUUAUAAAAAAAACAAAGGCACAAUUUCUUUCACACAUACAAACGCAAGUAAUACUGUGAAAGAGAAAUUCGUCAAUAUGAUUGUAAGGAAUAAUGACGUUCCUGUUCAGGCCCGAAGAUAUACUAUUGAGGAUAAAAUAUUUUGCAUAAAUAUAUAUAAGAGAUCCCGUGCAUGCUAUACUUUUUUAAGUAAAUAUUUAAGUUGCCCAUCUAUUUCCACCUUGAAUUCACAACUGAACAACAUUCCUAUUAGAGCUGGAUGUACUCGUUUAAUAGUAAAGUAUCUGGAACAAAUAGCGUUGGAUCUGAAAGACAGCAGAGACAAAUAUGUUGCUCUCAUUUGGGACGAAAUUUCAUUACAACCAGCUUUAUACUACAAUAAAAAGCAAGAUCGAAUCAUUGGCUUUGAGGACUGGGGAAUGAGAAGAACAAGAAAAAUUGCUGACCAUGCUAUAGUUUUCUAUCUUCGGUGUCUUAAAUCUGGAAACAAGAUGCCUUUGGGAUACGGUUUUUGUGAGAGCACUACAAAAACGCAUCAACUCAUUCGAUGCGUGAAACAAUGGCUAGUGAACAUUUCUGCAUCGGGAUUAAUACCUGUGGCUGUUGUAUGCGAUCAGGGUGGUACCAAUAUGGCUGCAAUUAACAGUUUAAUUUCUGAUUCCAAUAAAAUUCGCAUUAUGAAGAAUUUACCUACAAGUAAUAGUUUUAUGAUAAAAAACCAUAAAGUAAUACCUGUGUAUGAUUACGUACACUUGAUAAAGGGUACCAGAAAUAAUCUUCUCACAAAGGAUUUAGAUACUGACACAAGAAUAUCGUGUGCUUUAAACAAAAAAUACGCAUCUUGGGAUGAUAUUCAAAAAGCGUACGACAUUGAUAAAAAUUCUCUUAUGAGAUACCGACAAAUGGAGAAAAUAACUGAGAAGCACAUUAUUCCCAAGCUAAUCCCCAAAAUGAGGGUUAAAUACGCAACUCAAGUAUUUAGUCGCACAGUGUCAAAUUUUAUGGAUGUUAUAUUAAAUGUAAAUGGAGGAGUUGUCCCAACACAACAAGGAGACAUGAUUAUGUCCAAAAGUGCAUCCACAACUUGCGAAUUUGUCAGAUUUAUGAAUGAUUUAUUUGAUUCAUUCAAUGGCAAACAUCAGCAAGGAUUAAGUAGUAUAAUAACGGCUACUAGUGGACACUGUGCAUUUUGGCAAGAAGCCUGUAAAAAAAUCAAAAAUAUGCGUUACGUUGAAAAACUGACUAAAAAAAUUCCUAGUAAGACUGCACCUAAUUUAAAAAACUGGAUUUGGACUAUGAAAGGCACACAAGAAAUAUGGAAAACACUUCGUGCUGCUAAAUUUGAAUCGCUCAAUUUAAAAUUUUUGAACCAAGACCCGGCUGAAAAUUUUUUCAGCCAGAUAAGAAGCAACGGAUUUGCUAACAGAAAUCCAAGUUGCGAACAAUUUGAAGGUGGAUUUAAAACAUUACUUAUUUGUAAUUUAUCUUCCAAACAUUCCAUCGGAGCUAACUGUAAAGAUACUACAGAAGGCUCGACAUUGGCUUUGACUCAUUUGAUGAAUCUGUCUCAGACAAUGAAAGAAAUGAACGAUUCUGAAAACACACAAUAUGAAGAAGUAGAAUGUAAUGAGUCAGCAAUACCAAGAAGUGAUAUAAAUGAGAAAUUACUUAACGAAAAAAAAAUCAUUGACAUUAUUAGACGCAAAGAACUUGUUGCGCAAUGUGAGAAAUGUGCCAAGAAUCAUACAAACGCACAAACUUUAAUUGAAAUUGAAAAGGCUAUCGAAAUUUUAGAGCAGCAAUUUCCUGAGAUAUGCCAUAAAAUUAAAAUACUAGAAAAAACAAGAAAAAUUCUAGAAAAUCAAUGUUUUCUUACGUGUUCCGUACAAUGUACACACUUAAAAGAAACAUUAAUAUUGAUAACCGCAGAAGAAUUUCUCAAAGCUUGGUGCAAAUUUAUGAAUAAUAUUCUGUGCCGAAAAAUCAAUGUCCACUCUGAUAAUUUCAUGUAUAAAAUAGCUGCGAGAAUGUCAAACAAAUAUGGAAAGAAAAUGAAACCCGAAUCUAGAAUAUAGAUAAAUGUUCCAAUGUCUAUAUGAUUAAAUAUACAAUCAGCAUAGUAUCUUUGGAAAGGAAAGAAUCCUAAAUAUAAUGUGAGCGUAAUACUUAGCGGAGAUUUUAACAUCGGAUCGGCCCAUGAUCGAAGCUACCAGAGACAGUGAUAAUUGGCCCAUGAUUAAAACUACCAGAGACAGCGAUAAUUGGGACAUGGAGAUUCAUGAAUCAACGAGAUUAAGAAAGCUGGACAUAUUAUUACAUUUGGUACUGCAGCAUGGUAAUAACAGCCUGUCGACGGAGAACCCACGCGAUGACACGCCAAGGCGAAACGAGGACGCAGAAAAGAGAAUAUUCCGGAAAUACUCAGUGGGGCUUUAAGAGUAGUUUUUUUAGUUUUACCUAAGAGAGAGAGAGAGAGAAAGGACUAAAGUUACACGAAUUAAAUAAAAAUAUAAACAGUCAAGUAUAUUUAAAUUGACAUACCCAAGUCGCUGGUUUGUACAAAAUGCAUUAUGUUAUCUCAUAAUUUUCAUAAAGAUUUUGGUUAGAUUUCUUUUUAAGGAAUACGUUAAUUCUUUUUCUUUUUGAAUUAUUAUACUAUAUAAAUAAAAUGUAUUUAUAAAUUUA